UCAUCGAACCUUAGCUGUGUUUGCGCCCCCCCCCCCUCCCUCCAAACCUCUCACUGCUGUAUUAUUCAUUAUGUCACAUGGUUUUUAAGGGUUUACAUCAUCAUCUUCUCCCAAAAGAAAGAUGCAGUGCUGCUCAACACUCUGUUUGGAUUCAUCUUUUGUUUAAGGAGACCGGACAUUGUGUUCUUUUAUGUGAGCGUAGAAAAAAAAAAUAAAAAAUCACAAUUUCAAUUCAUCUCAGAUACACAGAACAAAUGCUUACGCCAAUAUUAUUAACACAUUUAAACUCUUCACUGAGGAAUGAAACGAGCAUUAAAAAUAAAAAUAAAAUCGAGGACCCUAAGAGCUGGCGGAACCAAUGUAGAGCUUCUUUGUCCCUCUUCGGGCUGUUUAUAGAGCAGGGCGAGCUUGUUUUUGUCGGUGCCGGAGGACUGCUUCGAUCUGCUGCUCAAACUGUGCACUAUUACGUCCAAUUGAAUAUACUGUUCUGCAAAAAAAAUUAAAAAUAUAUAUAUGUACUAUUUUAUGCUUUACCAACGAUGACAUGGCAGCGAACGAGCUUGUUGCCUUCAGGGAACGCUGGAAAAACGAGUUAAAUAGCAGAAAAGACGAGAAUCCGCCGGUCUGCGCUCCUUCCUCCUCUUCCUUCAGGGAUGAUGCCGAUCAGCUGGGACAGAAAGACUUAAACAAACAUUCUGGCGUUUUAAAACAAGAGGAACCGAGCUGCACCGAGGACGAGGGGAGGUUUGGCGGUGGAAGCGCCGCGGCAGAGGCAGAAGACCGGCCUCAGUAUGUCUCCAUUGCGCACAGUCUGUUGGACGGGAGGACCAGUCCCCUGCUGGACAGGAUCCGGCAGGAGAGAACGAAGAGAAAGAGGCAAUAUCAUGACAUGACCAGCAUGUGCAGCGCGUCCCUGCAGCAGCAGCAGCAGCAGCAGCUUGGCCAGCCUCAGAGGAAGGGGAAAAAGGAAGAGGAGCUUGUGGAUCAACUCAUUCAGGAUCUGAAUGAAGUCAACGACAUUCCCUUCUUUGACAUCGAGUUGCCCUACGAAUUAGCCUUGAAGAUAUUCCAGUAUCUCAACUGUGCAGAACUUGGCCGCUGUGCCCAGGUGAGCAGGGCAUGGAGAGUCCUCGCGGAGGAUGGCGUGCUGUGGUUCAGGUUGUGCCAGAGGGAGGGCUACCACCAGGAUGCCAGCGUGUCCAGCUCCCCCUGUUGGAAGGGCACCCUGCGGGACUGCCGGAGCUCGGCCAGAACCGUCCGCUCCAACUGGAAGAAUCGAGUGGGAUCCGUCAGCCAGCUGCAGUUCGAGUUGGGGAAGAUUCUGUGUGACGUCAGCUCGUGUGACGUCUUCGUGUUGGCCGGGUACACAUCUGGUGAUGUAAGACUAUGGAAUACGUUGCACUGGGACUCAACAGCCUCGUACCUGAAGACCAACAGUCUGUCUGCGAACACACACCCCAGACCACACGUUAGCCACGUCCAGAUCAACAGCACAGUGGCCGCUGCUUCAUAUGAGGAUGGCUGUGUAGACCUGUGGAGUACAGAAACAGGCGGGGAGCCCAUCCACCAUUACCAGACUUCCGGGAGGAUCCAGGCUUUGGCUCUGAGUCCGGACAGUCCCGUUCUGGUCUCGGCCACAGGAUCAAACGUUCGGCUCGACUGCACCAGCCACUGCGGAUACUGGAGGACUGUCUGCGAGACGCAGCUGCCCAAAACGGUAGAGAGCCUGACUCUGAUACCCAGCCGGGCAGAUCAGUCCCCGCUGGUGGUUUUAGCAGCUGGAGACGACGUCUACUUGUUGAACCCUCAGGAGGAGCAGCCGAGGACUCUGCACUCCGUUUAUGGUCAUCCUGUAACCUGCCUGGAUGCCUCCGACGCCCUCGCCGCCUUCGGGGUGAAGCGCGCGGGCUGGGCCAUGCACGAUGGAGGCAACAAGAUCCACGUCUACAGCCUGGAGACGGGGAAACCGACGAUUUGUGUCGGCGGCUCGCCGGGAGAUUUCACCUGCGUCAACCUGAGAGACAGCCCUCCUCAUCUGCUUGUGUGCGGCAACAAAGACAGGAGAGUGAGGGUGUUUGACCUCAGAUCCGGCUGCUCUCUGGUGUCACUGUACGCCCACCAUAUGGGCGUCGCCUCAGUGCAGGCCGAUGAGUGGAAGAUCGUGAGCGGCGGAGAUGAAGGACUGGUGUGUGUUUGGGAGAUGAGGAUGGGAACUAAGCUGUGGGAGCUGCACAACAGGCAUCCGGUAAGGCACGUUCGCUUCAACACCAGCACCCUGGUAACGGCCAACAUCCCCGAUGACAAGUCACCGCGCGGGGCCUGCAUCACAGACGACGACCUCACGGCUCACCGCAGACACAGAGGAGUCAUCUGCCAUUAUGACUUCUCCGAGGACGCCCUGUCACAGGAUCACAUCUUGCCCAUCUGCAGGUCUGACUACAUCGACCCGAACGGCUACAACUACAACAUUAACCUGGCGGUGCCCUACGACAGGCUGUCUGGCUCCCAUCCGUCUCACUGAGCGCUGCGAACAACAUGCAGACCGUGGGGCAGAACCGACAAGAGACAAAUUAUUCUGUCUGAUUCUCAAACCGCUCAGUUUUAGUCACCUUUUUACUAUCUUUGUCAAGCAAAGGCUUUUUAGGAAUGUAUUCCGGGUGCUUAUGUUGGGAUGCAAACUGCUCAGAUGCUACGAGUUUGCUUUGUUUUAACGACGUUUUUUUUUUAGAUCUGAUGCCGUAUCUAAUUUAUGCACACAAAAUAUGUCAUUAUCAGUUUUUUCAGGAAAAAAAAAAAGAAAGAAAUCCAGAGAUUUAUUUCCCACCUUUAUUUGCAAUUCCAUGUUUUGAAAUGAGGGGAAAAUAAAUCACUUGAAUAAUCAUCAAAAAUAGUGGAUCUUUGUGACAGUAGUGGUUGAUUAUGCACAGUUUCAGUAGUAAAAACAUCAAAUAUCUGUCUAUUCUGGUUCUGUGGAGGAAUGGUACGUGUCAGUAGUCUUCAAAUGCCCACCAUAGUCGAUCACUCGUAUCAGACUUCAUCUCCUAGGUGAACUUUUUUGUUUCAAGUAGAGAAUCCUUCAUGCUGCCCACUUGGAUUUUGUUAUUAAAUACAUUAAAACUAAGAAAAGACCGGAAAGAGGAUUAAAAUACAUGCACGGCUUCUCCAAAGAUCCUGGAACCCAACAUACAGCAAUAAACUUUUCUGUAAGUUCG